GACUACGAGGAUAAAUAUCCAGAAGAUCCCAUAUACGAAGAAACUGCGCCAACUGCCAGAGUAUGGAGAACAUACCUCGACGAAAGUCAAAGAUUUGAUGCCGACAGAGUGAGCGACUGGCGGGACACUGUUGACGUUCUUUUGGUAUUCGCCGGUCUCUUCUCUGCUGUAGUCAGUGCCUUCGUAGUUCAAUUCUCCCAAAAUCUUCAACCGAAUUACAACCAGAUUUCCGCGUAUCUGCUUUUUGAACUCGUAUCCAUUCAACAAGCCAUUUCCAAUGGAACUACGGUCGAUUUCCCACUUUCCUCGGUAAAUCCGACUGCGGACUUCACUCCGGCAACAUCCGUUGCAUGGGUGAAUGGGCUAUGGUUCACUAGUCUUGCGCUCAGUCUUUCUGCGGCACUCAUAUCUGUUUUGGUGAAGCAAUGGCUCCACCACUAUAUGAUUCUACCAUCCGGUACGCCUCGGGAGCGUAGUCAUAUACGACAGUACCGGUACAUGGGUCUACGCAGAUGGCAGGUGCCUCUGAUCAUUGGUCUCCUACCGAUGCUUAUGCACCUCGCACUGGCGUUCUUCUUUAUAGGCCUCGUCGUCUUCCUUGGGCCUAUG